GAUGUCUAGCAUGAUAUAUAUAACUGACUGAUCAUAUCCGUUCCUCUUUUGUAGGCAUACGUUUUGCCAUGGACGUCGACGCCGAUGAGAUACGCGCUUUGGCUUAUCUGAUGGCGUUUAAGACGGCUUGCGUGAAUGUACCGUUUGGUGGUUCCAAGGGUGGCAUACGUAUCGACCCGAAGAAGUAUACUGCACAAGAAUUGCAAACAAUUACGCGUCGCUAUACAAUGGAGCUAUUACGUCGCAAUAUGAUAGGUCCGGGUAUAGAUGUACCGGCACCAGAGAUGAAUACCAGCCAACGCGAGAUGAGUUGGUUGGUGGAUCAAUAUAUUAAAACUUUUGGCUAUAACGAUGUAGAUGCAUUGGCCAUCACGACUGGUAAGCCAGUAGAAAUAGGCGGUAUAAAUGGUCGCACCGCCGCCACGGGACGUGGUCUAUUUAAGGCGGCUGAAUGUUUUAUUAUGGAUAAAGAUUGGAUGGAUUUAUUAGGCUGGAAGACUGGUUGGAAAGAUAAAACCGUGAUCGUACAAGGGUUUGGCAAUGUCGGUUCCCAUGCAUCCGUUUUUGUAGUGGAAGCCGGUGCCAAACUGAUCGGUGUUCAAGAAUUUGACGUGUCUCUAGUAAAUGAGAAUGGCAUAGAUCCAAAGGACUUAAUGGAGUAUUAUGCAAAAAAUAAUAAAUCAAUCAAGGGCUAUACCAAAGCCACCGAAAAAGAGGGCUGUUUGUUGGGUGAAAAAUGCGAUAUACUAAUGCCUUGCUCUACGCAAAAGGUUCUCACUGUCGAAAAUGCUAACAGUGUACAAGCCAAGAUGAUUUUAGAAGGCGCUAAUGGUCCUUCGACGCCAGCUGCCGAUGAAAUAUUACGUAAAAAGAAUGUACUCAUUAUACCGGAUUUGUUUUGCAAUGCUGGCGGUGUAACGGUAUCCUACUUUGAGUACUUAAAGAAUAUCAAUCAUGUAUCUUAUGGCAAAAUGAAUGUUAAACGCGAGAAAGCCAUAAUCAACGAGAUCUUUAACUCCAUGAAUGAGUGCGAGGUAAGUGAACUUUGACCACCGUGCAAAUAAGUUAAUUUGUUAAUAUGAAUUUUUUUAAUUUAUUUAUUUAGGAUAAGUUCAAGCCAAACAAACAGUUAAAGCUCAUAAGAGACUGUACGAAGGAGGCGGAUAUUGUAGACGCAGGACUACAAACAGUUAUGGAAACUGCGGGGGCAGGCAUUAAGAUUGUGGCCAAUGAAUUCGGUCUCUGCAAUGAUUUACGCACCGCUGCCUUUAUUUACUCGAUUUCUCAGAUUUUCCGAGCCUUAGAAAUGGAGGGCAUUUCUCAACAAUAAUUACAGAAUGCGUCUGAAGUCGCUUGGCGAUUAUUUAUUUUUACAAAUUUUACAUUUAUAUAUUUAUAAGAUCCAAAGUGUAAUAUCCUUUUGUAUAUUUUUCUUAAAUUUUUAAAUAAAUAUUUCUUUACAAAAACACAAACAGAAUGGCUUCUUGACAGCAACAGUUUAACAAUUAAAAAAAAAACCCCCUACCCACUUACUACGCCAAUUUUGGUGGCAUUCACCACUGCAAUGAUUUACGCACCGCCGCCUUUAUUUACUCGAUUUCGAAGAUUUUCCGAGCAUUAGAAUUGGAGGGCAUUUCUCAGCAAUAAUUGCAGAAUGCGUCUGAAGUCGCUUGGCGAUUAUUUAUUUUUACAAAUUUUACAUUUAUAUAUUUAUAAGAUCCAAAGUGUAAUAUACUUUUGUAUAUUUUU